UGUCAAUCCCACUACAAGCUCAUGCCUCUCAUGUUCAAAAUAAAAGAAAAAAAUGGAAUUAUCUGUUAAUCUUUCUGCCGUUCCGGUUGCACAGAAUUGUGUGGCACCGGAGAUCACCCGCCGCUCGGCCAAUUUCCAUUCUACUGUCUGGGGAGAUCAUUUCCUCGCAUAUGCUUCUUCCCAAGUUCUGGACGCGAAGGCACAGCAGCAACACGAGCAGCUGAGAGAUGAGCUCAGGAAGACAUUGUCGAACGCUGCUUCUGCCGACUUGAUCGAUGCCAUCCAACGCCUGGGCGUGGCUUACCAUUUCGAGAGCGAGAUCGAGGCAGCAUUGCAGCGCAUGCACAGGACCUGGCAUCAUCAACGGCUCGGUGACGCCAGCGAUAGUGUUUACGGCACUGCUCUCACUUUCCGGCUACUCAGACAACACGGAUUUCCUGUGUCUUCUGAUGUGUUCAAGGAACUGAAGGGAAGAGACGGCCAGUUUAAGGAAUGCUUAACGAGAGAUGUGGAGGCACUGCUAAGCUUGUACGAGGCUGCGCAUCUCAGGGUGCGGGGAGAAGACGUCUUGGAUGAGCUGGUCGCCUUCACCACUGCCCAGUUGGAGUCUGCCCUGCCGGACCUAGGCGAUGUUCUUGCCGGCAAGGCGAUACAUGCUCUAAACCAGCCCAUCCGGACGGGCCUGACGAGGGUAGAGGCAAGGACCUAUAUCUCUUUGUUUGAGCCAAAAGGCCACGAUGAUACACUCCUCCUGGACUUUGCCAAGUUAGAUUUCAACCUAUUGCAGAAGUUACACCAAAGGGAGCUCAGUGAGAUCACAAGGUUCUUCUGUUUUCCAACAAUAUACUAAGCCUAAGUCAAAAUAAUAGAAUUUUCUUAUGCAGUUUGAGUUGGAAAUGAUUUGCAUGUAAAUGAUAUAUAUUUUUUAGGUGGUGGAACGAUUUAGAUGUGCCAAAACAGCUCCCGUUUGCAAGAGAUAGAGUGGUGGAGUGCUACUUUUGGAUAAUGGGAGUUUAUUUCGAACCUCAGUAUGAACUCGGUAGAAGGAUACUAACCAAAGUGAUUGCUAUGA